AUGUGGCUGCAGUGGUUAGCUGCCUGUAUAAUAUUGACAUUACCGGCCCAUUCUCUCUUCCCAGGAGCAAUUCCAGAUGAGGGCGAUGUGCGUCACAUCUAUCCAAUGGCACAAAUUUCGAUGGGUCUUGACAAUCACGCCCACGCUGUGCCAUAUCUCCUUGGAUGGCUCGAAAACAUUGACUAUCCUAAAGAGAGACUUCAUUUGAUAAUCUACCUACUUAGCAAAGAAGACACGACCGGAGAUCAGGUGAAAUGGUGGAAAGACUCGAUUGCGUCACUUUUCGCUUCAGUGAAGAUUGUUGAAGGUGAGGACAACUGGCUGGAGGCAGGAUUGAGGUCAGCACGGCUACGUCGAGCCGGUCGUGUCCUCCUUAUAUCUGGGAACACAAUACCCACGAGAAGUCGACUGCUUAGGGACCUCAACUCAACAGCAGUUGUUAUUAGUGCACUGUUUGAUGCAGCGUCUAAUGAGGCAAAUACCAACUAUGAUGAUGUUGAGGACAAUUUUCGUGACAGAACCGUAACGGGAAGAAAGGAGAUAUAUCAAGCUGUCUUACCAAUGCUCGUCAAUAUCGAUCACAUGGAUGCCUCAUACCUUACAUUUGACGCCGACAAUUUGCCGCACUAUGAGGGAAGCACUGAUCCGUUUGAGGUAUGAGU